AUAGGACUCAUUUACCCUUCAUCUCUUUCCUGUAUCUCUUCUCCCUUAUUCCCCAUUUCCUGUCUCUCUCUCCCGUUCAUUCUCUUCACUUUCUCUUCACCAAACCCUAACCCUAGUUCUUGUUGCCCAUGGCGGCUUCGGCUGGCUCAACUCUUCGUGAAUCACAUGUUGAUGGAUCCAUGCUCCGCCGGCCUCGUCAUGCAUCAUUCUCUUCCGCUGGUCAGAUUCGUUUUACCCCCUCCUCAUUAUUGCCACUAGUGCACUGUUCAGAUUGUGGAGAGAAAAUUGUUCGGUAUGUGUCCCGUAGCAAGAAGAACCCAAAUCGAGUGUACUACAAGUGCUCAAACCGCACAAAGAGAAAUGCCCCAUGUGAUUUUUGGUAUUGGGAAGAAUGCUACCAGAAGUACAUUAUUGACCAUGGAUUGCUCAAUGGAGAUGUUGGUAGGGAUGAAAUCAAGGGAGAUAGUUCUGAAGAGGAUGAAGAUGGAGACCUAGGUUCAAAGAAGAAGCUAUUAGAGGUUAUACUGAUGAUAGGUCUGAAGUGAAGCGACAAACAAUCUAUUUGAAGAUCGCAACAUUUGGCAUUGUUCUUUCUGGUGCUAUACUUUUAGGUAUGAUUGCUGUUGUGGUGGCAAAGGGCUUUGUGUGAGCUCUGUUGUAUGUGGUAGUUAAGUAACUGGAAGUUAGUUGUGAGCUUUGAUGUAUGUGACAAGUUAGUACUUUUGUAUAUUUAUGAAAUUGAAGUAACAGAGAUUAUGUCAUGAUAAUUAUUGUAAUGAUCUUAGAAUUUUGUCAUGAUAUCUUCAC